AUAUCAGUUUAUAUUUUAAGAUGGCUGCGCCCUGGGCAGUGAUAUUUUUAUUUUUUUCCCUUACUGUUAUCAAGCCUUCCUGUAUAAAGAGCGACGAAGUUAAGAUUUCAAUGAAGAAUGGGCCUAUGAAAGUUUUCUCUGACGUGGAAAUAGCAAAAUAUGAUGGGUCAAAUCCUGAUCUACCUAUCUACAUGGCUGUAAAAGGUGUUGUGUUUGAUGUGUCACAAGGUAAAGAAUUCUAUGGCAAGGCUGCUCCCUACAACGCACUUGUUGGUAAGGAUUCUACCAGGGCAGUCGCUAAGAUGUCUUUAGAGCCUGAUGAUCUUACAUCUGAUGUGACUGGUCUAUCAGAUGAGCAAUUCAAAUCAUUGGAAGAUACAUUUAGGAAUGUAUACAAGGCUAAGUAUCCUGUAGUUGGUCACAUGGCUUUCAAAGAUCAUCAUAUACAUGGUGACCUUUGACACAUUAUGAACUCGUACUGAAUGCAAUAUUAAGGGAAAUACUGCUAUACACUUGAAGGUAAUACAUUUUAAAACCUGCAGAAAGACUAAAUGGGAAGUAGGCCAUUUCUAAAUAUAUGAAUCAAUCAGGCAAGUGUUAAAAGCCAGUAAACACAUUUGGUAAUUUCAAUUUCAGGGCUUACAUUUUGGUGAUGGUGUUUGCUAAAACUUUUACAUCAUCACUGCAUCAAACUUUAAAUGAAGCUAGUCAAGGAAUGAAUCUCACUAGAUGUUGAGAUAAGAUAAUUUGUUAUUGUAAACUCAUAUUAGAGAAAGCAAUAUAAUUGUGCUUCCGACACCAACACUCAAUCUCCCUUUGUCUCAUUCAAAUGUUUCAGAAUGAUGCAUUCUCUUUCAAUAUUUUUGAUGAAUCAUGCCAUAAUGAAAAGAGAUCCUAUUUUGAUAUUGUUAUAAUAAUAAUUAUAUUCAUAAAACACUUAAUACAUUAUGUUUCUAAGCACUUUACAUAACAAUUAUUAUUACCCUGGUCAUCGGAUCCUGGUAUACCUGCACACAAUGUAUACACCUCCACUCCCUGGGGAGCAUUCCAACAAGUGUUCUAAGACUCAAUUCCUAGGCAUACUAUUUAGACUUUUACCUCGUACAGGGUACCCAUUAUCACCUGGGGGGAGAGUGGCAAUGUGUGGAUUGAGCCUUGCCAAAGGGUGUGUUUAUGCUUCCAUUGCGAGGACAGAAUCAGCAUUUUCAAAACGCUGAUUGUAAACGUGGUUCUGGGAGUGCUGUUUAUGCUUAACUUUUCAGAGGCAAAAUUACGAACUCCAGCUGGCUUUGCAUCAUAAUUUUUGUUGAACAGGAAAGCGAGGUCAAAUUGGGCGCGCCCUUUUUCGAAAGUUUUUUUUCUGAGUGUUGUUAUGGCGAAUGUACGUCAACUGUUAUUUAAACAUCAAACAAUUUCCGAUAUUUUAGCCAUUGCAUGGAGCUACUUGACAUAGCCAUAUAAUUUCCACCAUGGUGAGGAUAAUAGUGAGAAAAAAUAAGAAAUAUUAAAGUAUACAUAAUAAAACAUCUAUUUGAAGAGUUUGGUUGCAAAAGGGGUUAGGUCCACUCCAAGAAAAUCAUAUUUUAAAUUCUCCCAUAUUGCAAUAUUCUUAUGUGAAACUAAAUUUUCAUGAUACCCUAGGCCUUUAAUUAUGAUGUUUCCACGUUUUGUAUUACAUGUACUUAAUAUGUCGUGCCUUAUAUUAAUAUGAAUUGUGUAUUUUAUUAUUGUUAUUAGAUUACCCUUUUACUAUGUACCAGGACCAAGGUGAAAAACAGUUAUGGCUGUAAUAUUGUAAAUCUGUUUGAGUUAUGUUUGAAUACUUUUUUUUCUAAAGAAAUUUUGGUAUUUAUUGAUAUUUUGCAGGGGCCGCGGAACCGGGGGGGGGGGGGGGGGGGGGGGGGGGGGGGCUUCAGCCCCCACUUUUUCCAAAACCGUAAAAAUGACCAUAUGAUUGUGAUUUUUAGCAUGGUCAGCCCCCCCACUUUUGGCUCAGCCCCCCCACUUUCAAAACCGUUCCGCGGCCCCUGUUUUGCUUGUAUGAAUUUUUGUUGCAUGCUGUUUAAGGUUUGAUUGCUGAUUUUUAAGUGUUUCUGGAUUGUUUCUGAUAUCUUUAGUACUCCUUCAAACAGCCAUCAAUUUCAUUUGUAACCCAAAUGUAAUCCCUGAACUCAAGAAAGACCUGGAGUAAAAGAUGAAGUUAGAUCCUUUCAUAAGUCCUUGAUUAUAAUGAUUGAUUAAAUUGGUAAUGAACAGAUUUUUUUUAUAAAUCCAUUUGCAUUUUAGCUACAUCUCUAUCUUCAGUAAAAAAUCAAUAUUGAGCCGUUUAAAUGGACUUAACUGCAAAUAAAAUGAAUUACAGAUAUAUUUUUCAAAAUGUAUGUAUAAUUUCUUGCCAAAUAGUGAAUAUUUGAAAAAUGUGAAGGACACUCAGCAAUGAAAGAAUUUUCAAAUUUUUCAAAAACAAAUUUAUAUAGACUUUAACUAUUUUUAUUUGCUGACUAUAUGAUAAAUAUAAAUUCCUUUGUGGUGACAUUUACAGAUAUGAAAAAGAUUUAAAAGUGGCAAUUUUGUUGUAUUGAAUCAACAUGUGAACAUGAUGAAAUUGGGAAUUAAUGUUAUUCACAGACUACACCGUAUCCAUCAUAAUUUCAUACUUGAGAACAAUUAUGAAUCCAUUAAAACAUGUCAUUUUACAAGAAAAUGUAGGAAAUCACCAAUAAUGUCUUGUCAUGUUUUGCAACUGAAGAGUACAAAAUCUCUGAAAUAAUUCACACAAAAACUGAAUUUCAAGUGUUGAAUCCUGUUAUUUAAGGAUAUAGAGAUAAUUCCAACAAAAAAAACCCACUAGUAUUAGUCAGUGAAAAGUAUGAAUGUUCAAUAAAUUUGUUGAAUUUGUAAUCUUCAAGAGGAAUUUUCUUUUUAUUCCUCAAACCUUUGAAUGAUCAAAUGUGAAAAUGGGUCGUUUUCAAUUUUGAUACAGUGCAUGUACAACUCUUGUUGAAAUCAGUACUUCCCAGAAAAAAAGAAAAGUGUAAUUCAGUGUAAUUUUUUUUUUUCUUAUCAUGAUCAUACAUUUGUUUCAUAUGAUGUACAUGAAUGGAAAUAUAUGCUUCUUGCAUGAAUAUAACAAUGGAAAGUGGUGCUACCAAAUUUUCAUUUGCACAAGCAAAUAAAGAUAUUGGGUGACUAAUUUUUCUGGCUUUUACUGCUUUCUAUUUGGAAAACAAAUUUAUGCGUAACAUUUUAAUGACGCAUGGUAAAAAAAAUUUACAUGAUAAUAUUCUUGAUUUCUACCAAUUCGAUGGAUUAUUGAAAAGCAAACAUUUCGUUUUCCCAACAAAGCAGCAGACAAUAGGCAAACGGUGAAUGCUGUUUGGGCGAGGGAAAGAAAAACCUUUGUUGCAGGCUUGAGUCUUUGGCUAUGGGAAUUCAAUGUUACAAUGGUAAUAAUUUUGAUAUUUUUUAACUCAAACUUCUCUCAGUGUUUUCAUGCAUUGCUACAAUUUACAAGGGCGGCGAAACAUGUUUGAAGGGGGUGUCUGUGAGGCGAAGCAGAAUAAGGAUACAUCACUCUUUACAAGUGUAGACGAGAAAGCCAUUCUUGUCGUGGGUGUUUUUUUUUUUAAAGUGGGUCACACCCCCCCCCCCUCCAACAUUCCACUGCCCCGGUCUUGUCUGAUCAUUUCAAGCAAUUUUUUACACGUUAGAAAGAAGUCAAACAUAACAUUUAAGCCACAAGCCAACCACAAAAUCACACUCGCCACGCAUUCACCUGUAGCCCAUUGUCUGCCGCUUGGUUGGAAAUGCUUGUUUUUCAAUGAUCAGUGCAAUAGGUAGAAAUCAAGCAUUUUCAGGCAACUUUUUCUUGACUAUGCGUCAAUCAUAUUCUACGCACAAGGUCUCAUUUGAAAGAUGAAAAAUGGAUAUUGAAAUUACGAACUUUGUUAUGCGAAUAGAUAGAAGUAAAAACCAGAAAACUCACUUUAAAAUAGUAAUUUGCUUGUGCAAAUGAAAAUUUGGUAGCACCACUUUUCAUUGUUCUAACUCAGUCAUGCAUGAAUUACAUAUACGAACGUUGAGAUGGGCUUCAAAGAGGGGAACCUUUUCUUUCAUUGAUAUACAUCUCAUGAAGCAAAUUCAUGAUUAUGAGGGCAAAAAAUUACACCAAAUUACGGUUUCCUUUUAUCUGGGAUGCACUGUACAUAUAUGAUUCGGAAAACAACGCCAUAAAUUAAAACAGAUUUUAAAUAAAAAUGAAGUAUAGCUCUCAAAAAUGAAAGGCAAAGUCACUCUUUGUCAGUGCCCAUGGUGUUACAAAAAACAAAAAUCAUUUUCUGAAAUGAUGAAAAAUGUUUUAACUUUUAUGCAUGUAUGAUUCGAUUUUAAUUUGUUAAUUGUCUUCUUCUACCAAUUAACAUGUUUUUUUUUCUUGUUAGUAUGCCUUGAAUUAAUGUGUGAAGAAUAUAUGAGAAAUAUAAUUAACAUUUUGAACAAAAUAAAGUUACAUGUACUAUCAAUGAUUGAAUUUAUCUGUAUAAUUUUGUACCAGAUCAUGUAUUCAGAUGAAUAAAUUUAUAAAAAGUGA